UGCCUGCAGUGCCAGGCCAAGAUGAGGAGACUGAGUAAGGUGGAUAACAAGAGAAAGACAAGCGAAUAGAGGAAGGCGGGCUGGUAAGAGAAGUGUGGCAGGAGAAAAGGCAGGAGAGGGCAGUCCUGGGAGGACAGAGAGUCAUUGAGAACAGAUUGACCUACAGAGGCCUCGCCCUGCACAGGGGCAGAAAGAUUAGCAUGAACACACAGACCCAAGAACCUGACAGAGGGCAUAACUGAGGUCUUGGGGUUAAGAACUUCAGCCAGGAACUAAGUCUGAGAGAAUAUGGUGCUGGAAGGAAACCCUGACGUGGGAUCCCCUCGAACCUCGGACCUCCAGCACCCAGGGAGCAAGGGCUCUUGCAUCCUCUCUUCUCCGGGUGAAGAAGCACUGCCAGGCGAGGAACCCAUCAAGUAUGGUGAACUCAUCGUCCUGGGCUACAAUGGGUGUCUGGCAAGUGGGGACAAGGGCCGCCGCCGAAGCCGCCUGGCACUGAGCCGCCGGCCACAUGCCAACGGAGUGAAGCCAGACGUCAUGCACCACAUCUCCACACCACUUGUCUCCAAGGCAAGCAGCUUACCCCAGUGGAAUGGAUGCCAUCCUGUCCUGUGUGCCCAGGCCCAGGCCCUGAGUAACCGAGGCCAGCAUAGCAUCUCAUACACACUGUCCCGGAGCCACUCAGUCAUAGUGGAGUACAUACAUGACAGCGACACAGACAUGUUCCAGAUUGGCCGUUCUACUGAAAGCAUGAUUGACUUUGUGGUAACAGACACAUCUCCCGGCGGGGGAGCCACAGAGGGCCCUUCUGCCCAAAGUACCAUCUCCCGCUAUGCCUGCCGCAUCCUCUGCGACCGCCAGUCACCCUAUACUGCCCGAAUCUAUGCUGCUGGCUUCGAUGCCUCUAGCAACAUUUUUCUUGGAGAGCGGGCAGCCAAAUGGAGGACUCCUGAUGGUCUGAUGGAUGGCUUGACAACCAAUGGGGUUCUGGUGAUGCAUCCAGCAGGUGGCUUCUCCGAGGACUCUGCCCCAGGUGUCUGGAGGGAGAUUUCUGUCUGCGGGAAUGUGUACACAUUGCGGGAUAGCCGCUCAGCCCAGCAGCGGGGGAAGCUGGUGGAAAACGAGUCCAACAUCCUGCAAGAUGGUUCGCUCAUCGACCUGUGUGGGGCCACGCUGCUGUGGCGCACUCCAGCAGGGUUGCUGAGGGCACCCACGCUGAAACAACUGGAGGCCCAGCGACAGGAGGCCAACGCAGCACGGCCCCAAUGUCCCGUGGGCCUCAGCACCUUGGCCUUCCCCAGUCCAGCCCGUGGCCGCACAGCACCUGACAAGCAACAGCCCUGGGUCUACGUCCGUUGCGGUCAUGUCCAUGGCUACCAUGGCUGGGGCUGCCGGAGGGAGCGCGGCCCUCAGGAGCGCGAGUGUCCUCUUUGCCGCCUUGUGGGACCCUAUGUGCCCCUGUGGCUCGGCCAGGAGGCCGGUCUCUGCCUGGACCCCGGGCCACCCAGCCACGCUUUUGCACCCUGUGGCCAUGUCUGUUCUGAGAAGACUGCCCGCUAUUGGGCCCAGACACCACUGCCACAUGGCACCCACGCUUUCCAUGCAGCCUGCCCCUUUUGUGGGGCUUGGCUCACUGGUGAGCAUGGCUGUGUCCGCCUAAUUUUCCAGGGGCCACUGGACUAGGCUCUCCAGGGUCCUUGCUGCCAUGCCCGCCUGCCCACCCAGGUCCCCCAUCUUCUGCUAUUCAGAGGGAGCUCUGCAUGUGGGACUGUGCCUGCUGGCAAUAGCCACACCAGUUGGACACAUUGGAUGGCCUGCGGCCCUCACCUCAACUCUAGCCUCUAAGAGGAUCCCUAAGAUCUCCAUCCCAGUCAUACUGAUGGGGACUUCAGCACCAGCUCUGCCCAGGCUGAUGGAGGGCCCCCAUGCCGCUGCCCUCCCUGGAGUAUCCUACAUCAUGCCGCCUACACUGUGCCCCUGGGGGAGUGAAGGGGCCAUGGCCCCUGACUUCCAGCUUAGUCUGGUUGUGCCCUGAACCUGCCAAUCCAGGAACAGAUUCCUUCCUGCUGCUAACGCUGCCCUGGGUUACUUACUCUAUAAACCUUGUUGCUCAGCUGCC